GAAAUUACCGUUAGCAUGUCUAGUCCGGUACACCAUAUAUAUGACAUGGGCUGUGUUGCGGGAUAUAUAUACACUGCUUCUGUCACGGUUCGCCGUCUGCUUGACGCUGAUAUCCUCACUCACCGCCGCCAUUUCCGUCACUUCAACCAACUCCUGGAACAUUACCAAUGAUAUCGAAGGAUCGGUUCGUCUCAACGGCCUCGCCUUCCAGCAACAUGCCUUGACCACCUUUGGCGACUACCAGUAUGUCGCCUUCUAUAAGACGGCCACGGGAUAUGGCAAACACUACGUCAACCUUGGUCGACGUCGCGUCGCGCCUUCGCUAGGCGAGUGGCAGUAUCUUGCAUUCACUGACUACGUACAAACGACGCUGGAUGAGCACAACACCAUAAGUAUGGGCAUUAGUGGGGAUGGUAGGAUCCAUUUAAGCUUCGACCACCACGAUGUACCGCUAAAUUACCGCGUGAGCAACGGAGGCAUUGCAAAGACCAUACCUUCCGAAUGGACUGCAAGUGCAUUUGGGUCCGUUCAGCACAGUCUACCGGGAAGUACAGGGCCGUGGACACCGCUAACAUAUCCUCGGUUCGAGAGCAUCGACAACGGCGACUUGCUCAUGGAGUUUCGCAUUGGACAAUCCGGCGCGGGGGAUUCCUGGAUCCAUCGCUACUCUUCCACGAGCGGACAAUGGAGCAAUGUUGGUAAAUAUCUCCAGGGCCAGGACAACAAUGCCUAUAUCAAUGGUUUCACCAACCAAGAUGGGAAGUUAUUUGUCUCCUGGACGGUUCGAGAGACGCCGGACGCGAGCACGAAUCAUGAUUUCUACUUCGCGCUCUCCGACGAUGCAGGACGAACAUGGAAACAGACUAACGGCCAAAGCGUCACCAAGCCGAUAACCCCGUCAACACCCGGAAUCAAAGUGUUUACUAUCCCGCAGAAGAGUGAAAUAAUCAACCAGGAGGCACAAUGUGCCGACCAAAAGGGACGCUUCCAUGCUCUUAUGCGGGAUAAAUCAUCCGGUACACCUCGCUUCUACCACUACCUCCGCACUGCUGAUGGCAAGUUCACCAAAACCGCCAUCAAUGCCCCUGGACUCUCCACGCCACCAUACCUUGCGUACCGUGGAAAAAUUGCGGCGACUGGAGACAAUGUUGUUGCUAUUUUGCCCGAUCAACCCAAGCAGACGGUCCAAAUAUGGGCUGCGACUGCUGGCGGAGGAUACACUGAUUGGAAAAAGCUUGCAGAGAUUACCAAUAUGGCGGGUGAGCCAUUGGUGGACGAGCAGAGGCUGGAUAAGUUUGGUGUGUUGAGUCUGUUUGUGCGCCAAGGGGGGGCUUUCGGGACGAGGAAGGUGCAGGUUUGGGACUUUGGCCUCGCGUUGUGACUGCUUUUCCUGGUUUAAAACAGUCUUCCCUAUGCCCACGUCCUAUAUGCUAGUUCGUGAGUCGCAAUGGCAAUGCCUAGGUGGGUUGUGCAGACUUAGUGCAUGGGAUAAUUCCCGGGAAGAUGUGAUUCGCUAACACUAAGUCGCGACAUCAUCGUACGUCUCCGCAUAUGUACCCCAGUUCAACAGAUCAUCUACCUGC